AAGUUUUAUGCAUGUAAACUAUGUAAAGAACCAUUCCCAGGGAGAGAGUAGAAUAUUUUGAAACAUUUAGAUUAAUGCAUAAAUGGGCUCAUUCAGAUGCAUGCUUGCCAGCUUCAACUGUGGAAAAUUUACACAAAGAUAGCACUAGAGGUAGAAUAAAGCUUCGCGUUUUAUAAAAUAACAAUGCCAAACGCUAAUUGCAAGUCGAAAAUCUGAAGAACAAUAUAUUUCUGAUGCAAUUUUCUUUGGGUUACGAAUUUCUGGAAUAAUAAGGGAUGCAGAGCAAAUGUUAAUGGGAUGUAUAUUAAAUCAUACACAAAUGAGACUGUCGUAAUAGCUACGAUUCAGGACAUAAUUAGAAUACAUUUAUUUCUUACUGCAACCAUUACUGUACACAUAUUUUGACAUUCCCGUCUACUGAAAACCUUACCUAGUCGGCAUUUGCGCUUCCCGCACUUCAACUGUGGAUGACGUCAUGAACUCUCGCUCAUUCUCGUCUAAUGAUUUAAUAGACAUUUCAUGAAAGCUUCUCCCUCAUUAUAAUAUGAAAGUUCUAAAUAAAUAUCAUACAUUACUCAAUAUUUAGUUUAAAAGCAGCAUCAGCUGUUCACAUUUUUUCAACAAAGACGAACAAGACAAAAUUGUGUGAUACGUCAUCACUUUUUGUGUAACCGGUGUCUGCACCAAAACAAGACCACGAUGGAGAAGUUUGACGGCCCGGACGGCAUGCUGGAUCAUGAGAAUGAGGAACUCAGAGAGCGGGUGUCUGCCCUGGAGAAAAAGGUCCACCAGAAUGAAGACGAAAUGCUCUGUCUGAAAAGUGCCCUGGCAGACGCACUGCGCAGGAUAGCUUCCUUGGAAUCUGGCAGAACAGCUGGACUUACUAACAACGUACUCCCAUCCAAACCAUUCAAGCCACAGCCGAGGAGGGUAUCCAGUGCACCCGUCUCUGCAGCUGAUUCCAGGAGUAAAAGAGCAGGAUCAGUUGAACAGGCAUUUGUCACUCGUGACACAGCACCACCACAGAAGAGGGCGCCCACACCCACUCCCAAGGCUCCCCCCUCACCCAGCCCAACCUCACUGAAGAAGUGGUCAUCACUGUCUUCUGCAGAAUUCCAGGGAGGAAACUUACAAAUGAGCAGAUCGUUCCAGUCUGUGACAUGCUUAACUGACAAAACUAGAGCUACUGAUAGAAAAGCUAUGGCACAUAGGCGCAAAGAGACGACAUUUAAUAAAGAGGAGGGAUACCUCCGUAUGUACCUCAGAGGUCGUCCAGUGACACUGUACGCUCCCACACUAGAAGAGUAUGACCUGGCAAAGAAAGAGGACCAGCCGCCACAGAGUCUCAAAUUAGAAUGGGUUUACGGCUAUAGGGGCCGAGACUGCCGCAGCAAUGUUCAUCUACUUCCUACAGGAGAGACUGUGUACUUUGUGGCAGGUGUGGUGGUGUUGUACAAUGUGGAAGAACAAAUACAGAGACAUUACCUAGGACAUACAGAUGAUGUCAAGUGCUUGGCAGUUCAUCCAGACAAAAUUACCAUAGCAACAGGUCAGGUGGCUGGGCAUGAUAACAAGAAGUCUAGCAGGCCUAAGAGCGCCCAACAUGGAAAAGGCGACCCAAGCACUGCUCCUGAUCAUUUGCCUCAUGUCCGGGUUUGGAACUCUGUCAGCCUGCAAACUCUCCAUAUCUUGGGUCUGGGAGGAGACUUUGAUAGAGCAGUAUGCUCUAUUGGAUUCUCAAAGGCAGAUGGUGGACAGCUGCUGUGUGCUGUGGAUGAGGGCAAUGAGCAUACUCUAUCAGUGUGGGAGUGGCAGAAAGGAGAGAAAGGACACAAGAUUACAGAGACCAAGAGUUCUACAGAGCCUGUUGUGGCCUCAGAGUUCCAUCCACUGGAUGCCAAUACCAUCAUUACUUGUGGUAAGAAUCAGAUCACAUUCUGGACACUGGAAGGUGGCACCCUGGGCAAGAAACUGGGGCUCUUUGAGAAACACGAGAAACCCAAGUUUGUACUUUGUCUGGCUAUUGCUGAUAAUGGAGAUGUCUUUACUGGAGAUUCUAAUGGAAAUAUAUUCAUUUGGCCAAGAGGCACCAACAAGAUCUCCAAGGCCCUGACAGGGGUACAUGAAGGUGGUAUCUUCUCCCUGCUGUUCACCAAGGAUGGCCAUCUGCUAUCUGGUGGUGGCAAGGACAGGAGAAUUGUACAGUGGGAUGCCACUGGCUUGACUCAGACUGGAGAGGUGGAGAUCCCAGAACACUAUGGCGCUGUGCGCACACUGACCCAGGGCAAGGGGAAUAUGAUUGUAGUUGGCUCUACCAGGAAUGUCAUACUACAAGGGACACUGGAACUCAACUUCAACCCUAUAGUACAGGGUCAUGUUGAUGAACUGUGGGGGUUGGCAGUCCACCCUAAUCAGCACCAGUUCCUGACCUGCGCCUAUGACAAGAAGGUGUUCCUCUGGGACGCACUGUCUCAUUCUGCUGUGUGGAGCAAGGAAUUGGAGGUCCCUGCCCACUGUGCAUGUUUUCACCCUGAUGCCCAGGUGGUGGCUAUAGGGACACAGACUGCCAAGUGGCUGGUGCUGGACCUCACUUCUAGAGAACCUGUCUAUUCUCACACUGAUGGCAAUGAACAGAUUGAGUGUGCGGAGUAUUCACCAGACGGAAAGUACUUAGCACUGGGCUCCAGGGACAAUCACAUUUAUGUUUAUAGUGUUGAUGAGGAAGGGAAAAAAUAUUCACGCGUUGGUAAAUGCCAGGGUCACUCCAGUUUUGUGACUCACCUAGACUGGUCUGCAGACAGUCAGUAUAUUCAGUCAAACUCAGGAGAUUAUGAACUACUUUUCUGGAAUGCAUCCAGUUGCAAACAAAUCACAGCUUCAAGUAGUAUGAGAGACGUACAGUGGGCCACUUCUUACUGUACCAUUAGCUUCAAUACCUGUGGCAUCUGGCCAGAGGGAGCUGACGGUACAGAUGUCAAUGGCAGCAGUCGUGCUCACAAGGCAGAUCUCCUUGCCAGUGCUGAUGACUAUGGGAAAGUGAACCUCUACAGAUACCCUUCAACACACAUUGAGGCUGGGCAUCGGGCUUAUGGUGGCCAUAGUAGUCAUGUGACUGCUGUCCGCUUCCUUCAUGAUGAUAGUCGUCUGCUUUCAACUGGAGGGAAGGAUGCCGGAAUUCUUCAGUGGGAGAUUUUAUAAAGAUUCUCAAGAAUGAAUAAUCUGCUUUCUAUUGAUACUAAUAAUAUAUAUGGAUUUUCAGGAAAGAAAGUAUACAUUAUAUGACUUGAUUAAUGUUGAAACAAAAAAGGGUAACGAUGCUAAUUAAUUGUUUAAAAAUUAUGUCUCCAAUGACUGAUGAAGUUAUUUCAUUGUAGAUGAAAAUACAUGAAGUGAAAGUGUUUGAAGUAUUGUGAAUGCCAUCCUUUGAUAGUGGGCUUAACAGUCAGUUUAAGUCCUUUUAAAUUUGUUUGAAAAGGUUCUCAGAUGAAAAACAUUAAAUCUUGACCUAAUACUUUGAUAUAAUAAGAAAUGGAAUUAUCUCAUUUAUAAUUCUAAAUAUAUUUUCUCUGGCUUGGUCUAAAAUUUUUAAUUUUUUUUUUUUUAAAUUUUGAUACAUAAUUUUGUUUUUGUUUAAUUACUUGCAGUGUUUCAUUUAUUAUAAUAAGACUUGGCCUAAAUGUCUUCUCAGAAUUCUCAGAAUGAAAGUGGAUUGCUAUUAUGUACUGUUUUCUUAGAAAUUUUGAUGGCCCCAAGCUUACUGUACACCAGAUAAAUUCAGUAUUAUUGGGGACAGAUAGAGCCUUUUAGAUAAAAAGAAAAUUUGUGUUUAAUGUUUUUCUUCACAUAAAUAAUAGAAAUUAAUCUAGCUGUAAAAAGAUUUAGAGAUUACAGUAUACUGUAGGAUAUAGGAUAAGGUUGAUAUGGAAUUAGUAUUGUAUGUGAACAAGAUAUAUGAAAAAGUUCACUGUCAAUGAUAAUAAUUAUGAAUAUAUUGUAGUCAUUUUCUUUUAAAGAUGUUUUUCAUAUACAAAAAAGCAGUGGAUUAACAUUACAAUGAGCAGAUAAAAGAAAUUUGAGUAUA